AUGCCUGGCUCUGUUUUACUCAUAAGUACCUGGAGGAGUGUACAUCAGAGGAAGCCAGAAGCCAGCUGGGAUAGUUCCUGCAUGCAGUUUUAAUCUUGUUUGCAAUUAUUUUGAAGGGAAGAAACCAUCUGGAUCCAGGGAUCCACACAGGUAGCCGGGACUAGGCAGGCUUCCUUCAUCCUUCCCCUAGUAGUAUCACAUAGCAAGUUCAGGGACAAAAUCACUUGAGAAAGAAUAUGCAAAAUGAAAUAUUUGGGCUAAAUUUCUCAUAGAUCAUUAUCCCACAUCCCUAACAUUCCAGUUACAGUUACAGGAACCUGGAGGCAUGGAAACAUCACUCUUUUUUUUAUUCUAAUCCUUACCAAAGAUAAGGUUUCUAGAGAUAGAGGCAAAAUUCAAAAUUCCUUCCUAUUUUAAAAAGAUAUGCAUCUCCCAGGAUUCCAGAGCAUUUCACCAUUAGUAUCUGGUAGCAACCAUUUUACUGCUAUAGGCUUCUCCCCUGCAGCAUUGUAUUGUUUGUAAAUUUUUCUUCUGCCCAAGGUGUGAGGUCCUUAAGGGCAGGAAAGGGAUCUUAAUCACUCUUUUAUUUCUAGUACGGCACAGUGCCUGACGCAUUGCAAACACUUAGUACAUUCUAUAGAAAUGAAAAGACAGUGUCCCUGAAGGGCGAUCUAUAACAUGAUUGGGAGAGCAACAGGUAGAGAAAAGGAAUAUAAAACAAUAACCUUUCCAGAGGUUACUAGAUGCAGUUAUAAGUACUGCAGUUAUCAGUGCCUUGAUCAACAGCUUGGAGUAGGGAGUACAUGUCUGAGAAUCUCUAGGUGGUCACCAAACUGCCUUCCAAAGAGAUACGACCUGAUCAGCUAUAGGGCCUUGGUUGUGUUGAAUGGAAUCAGCAAGCUGAAAGGCUCCACGAUCCCUGUGUCCACCCUCCAUCCAGGCCUGCCAUCCUCAUCUCCUCACCCAAAGACCUGUUGAGCAAAUAUUUGAAGACUAUCCUUUUGAAGAAUUAAGAUGUUCUGGUUUCAAGGAAAUAGCAUGCAACUUGCCAAAUACUCCAUUCAACUCCUCAUGAGGAAUCUCUCUGCCUCUAAGAACGUUCUGCCUGUGCUGACCUUAUUUACAAAGGAUCCAUGCCCGCUUUGUGAUGAAGCCAAGGAUAUACUGGAGCCUUACAAAAACAGGUUUAUUUUACAGGAGGUGGACAUCACACUUCCAGAAAACUCUGCGUGGUAUGAAAGGUAUAAAUUUGACAUCCCCGUCUUUCAUUUGAAUGGCCAGUUUCUGAUGAUGCAUCGAGUAGACAUCUCAAAACUUGAAAAGCAGCUCCAGAAACUUGAGCAGCAAGGUGCUGGAGGCCGGAGGACGCCAUCAUGAUCCUCCACCCACUCUGUCCAAAUGGCGUCUUCCUAAAGACAUGACCAUGGCCUUUUCCAUCCCUACAGACAUUCUGAACUAGGUGGUGCCCAAUAAAUGGUGACAUUACUCUUCUGACUGAUGGAAGUAUGGGAAUAGUGUGGGAACUCUUUACCUGCUGGCAUUUUAUAAAAUGAGAGGAGUGUAUCAGCAGCAAGGGGAUGAUGGAGGAUGGGAGAAAUCCAUUUGUUUUAUUAAUUUUUCCCUUUUGUAUUAAUAUGGAAGCAUUUUACAUUCACUGGACAGUGUGGUUUAUAGGAAGAAGGCUCUGCAUCCCUGCUGCUGCCUUAAGGGCUUAACUUUUUAAUGAAAGAAUAAAUGCUCUUCCACUCAGUAGAUAAAGUGAAAUGUGAAUUGUUAAUAAUUGUGCACAG